AUGGGAGUUACUUGUGUGUGCCAGGUGCCGGUGGCAGAGGGGAAGAGUGUGCAGCAGACUGUGGACAUGGUGCACAAGAAACUAGAGCAGCUGGGAGCUGUGAAACAGGGCAGCUUCUGUGUCGACUGUGAGACGUACCAUGCGACUGGAAGUGUCAGCGGUCAGCCUUCCAAGCUCUUAUAUGUGAUGCACAACUCAGAAACCCCCCUAAGUUGCAUGGCUCUAUUUGAGAACGGACCCUGCCUGGUAGCAGACGGCAACUUUGACGUUCUCAUGGUGAAGCUAAAGAGCCACUUCCAGAACGCCAAGGGCCACAAAGUAGAAUGCCGAGGCUCACGAUACCGCUACUGCGACUUUCUCAUCAAAGUUGGCACAGUGACCAUGAGCUCGAGUGCCAGAGGAAUAUCAGUAGAGGUGGAAUAUUGUCCCUGUGUGGUUCCUGGGGACUGCUGGAAUCUAAUGAAGGAGUUCAUGCAAUCAUUCCUGGGCCCCAGCGUCCCAGAGCUGCCAUCUGCGUUUGCUGCUAAGCCUGAAGGCAUCUUUGCACCAGCCGACUGCGUUGACACCAUGACGCAGUACCUGGAGUUGUUCAACAAGCUGCGGAAACUGCAAAUUCAAGGGAAUAAUGUGCGUUGAAUUGCCGAUCCUAAGGGAGAAAGCAUGUUUUGUUAUAUUCCUAAAAAUGUUCAUCAAUUCUGGUCCUGUGGAUCAAGAUGCUAUUCUGGUGUCUAAGAAGGCCUGAUCUUUUAUUUUCAUUGCUCUAGCCUUUUGGUGGACAUGUCUUGUAUUAAAAAAAGACUUGUGAAGAAAAAAAAAAAUCUAAACUUUGAAAUAGUUUUGUAUUCAGUUAUUCUUUUACAAUAAGACACUAUAGCUAAAGACUGAAUACUAAUUUGAUAAUAGGGUGGAGGCGGGAGAGUUGGGGUUGAUAUUGUACAUACGAUGUAUUCAACUAGUAAAAAUGCUUCAAUGCAAAGACACUGAUACCAUUUUACCAGCCUGACUUUAACCCUCCAGGCUGGUGGAUUCAAAGCCAUGUGGUAUAUUAGUAACGUGGAUAAUCAGUACCAUGGACAACAAUAAAUGUAUAAGGAUGAUAAACUAUGCUUGGGGCAGUAAUAGGGUUGGGAAGUCGCAGAGACUGGGUGGCCGAGAGUCUUUCUUCAAGCGCCAUUUGCCACUCCGCAUGGCUCGGCUCUGGCGGUCAAAAACCCGCAGUGAAAGGCCUUGGCCUGCAGACCCUCCCCCACCCAAACGUCACUUAAGUUUUCCUGCAACCAUUUUGCUACAGCUGCAAUUAAGGGAAAUGUGUGGAAAGACUUAAUAAAUCAUGCAUUUGGGUGUUAAAAUUA